AUGCCGCCGCGGACCGGGACUGGAGACUCAGGGACCGGUCCCGGCUCAGGUUUCGGGGCACCAGACGAGCCUCCGGAGUUGGGGCCAAGCGAUGGUAGUAACAGUGAUGCAACAUGUCAUAUUGAAGUCCUAAAAUCAUUGGAUAUUGAAGAAAGCAUUUGGUCCCCUAGAUUUGGAUUGAAGGGCAAAAUAGAUGUUACAGUUGGUGUGAAAAUACAUCGAGGUUGUAAAACGAAAUACAGAGUGAUGCCAUUGGAACUUAAAACUGGCAAAGAGUCAAAUUCUAUUGAACACCGUAGCCAGCUUGUCCUGUACACACUGCUAAGUCAAGAGAGAAGAGCUGAUCCAGAAGCCGGACUGCUUCUCUACCUCAAGACUGGCAACAUGUACCCUGUGCCUGCCAAGCAUCUUGACAAACGAGGCAUACCUCGGAGAGCAGUUGAACAACAGAUGGAUGACAAUUCAAUCCCGAUUGGCAUGCUGCCCAAAAUAAAAGAAGAAACCCAGCAUCUAAAGCUUACACACUUAGAGUAUUUUAGCCUUUGGUGUCUAAUGUUAACCCUGGAGUCACAAUCUAAGGAUAAUAAAAAGAAUCACCAAAAUAUAUGCUUAAUGCCUUCUUCAGAAAUGUUAUGUAGCAUGUUAAAGAUACGUAAUUCCACAGUUUGUGAUGGACAAUAUUUACAUACUUUUCAACACAAAAAUGGUGCCAUGCCUAUCACAAAUCUAAUGGCAGGUGACAGAAUUAUUUUAAGUGGAGAAGAGAGAACACUAUUUGCUUUGUCUAGGGGAUAUGUGAAGGAGAUUAACAUGACAAUGGUAACCUGUUUAUUAGAUAGGAGAUUCUGCAGUCCCUUGCAGUAUUUGUUUAGUGACUACCAUGUAAGAAUUCUCUAUGCCUGUGGUUUUAGUGUUUUGUUGACCAGUUAUACACACUCUGCUGUUGACAACAUUCUUUUGAAGUUAGCGAAAUUUAAAAUAGGAUUUUUGCGCUUGGGUCAAACUCAGAAGGUACAUCCAGAUAUCCAGAAAUUUACAGAGGAGGAAAUUUGCAGAUCAAAAUCCAUUAACUCUUUAGCUCUUCUAGAAGAACUCUACAAUAGUCAACUUAUAGUUGCAACUACAUGUAUGGGAAUAAAUCAUCCAAUAUUUUCUCGUAAAGUUUUUGAUUUUUGUAUUGUGGAUGAAGCCUCUCAAAUUAGCCAACCGGUUUGCUUAGGGCCACUGUUUUUCUCACGGAGAUUUGUGUUGGUGGGAGAUCAUCAGCAGCUUCCUCCCCUGGUGCUAAACCGUGAAGCAAGAGCUCUUGGCAUGAGUGAAAGCUUAUUCAAGAGGCUGGAGCGGAAUAAAAAUGCUGUUGUACAAUUAACUGUGCAGUACAGAAUGAACAGUCAAAUUAUGUCCUUAAGUAAUAAACUGACAUAUGAAGGAAAGCUGGAGUGUGGAUCAGACAAAGUGGCCAAUGCAGUGAUAAACCUACCUAACUUUAAAGAUGUGAAGCUGGAACUGGAGUUUUUUGCUGAUUAUUCUGAAAAUCCUUGGCUGGUUGGCGCAUUUGAACCAAACAAUUCUGUUUGUUUUCUGAAUACAGACAAGGUUCCAGCACCAGAACAAGUUGAAAAAGGUGGUGUGAGCAAUAUUACAGAAGCUAAACUCAUAGUUUUCCUGACCUCAAUUUUUAUUAAGGCUGGAUGUAACCCCUCUGAUAUUGGUAUCAUUGCACCAUACAGGCAGCAAUUAAAGAUCAUCAACGACUUAUUGGCACAUUCUUCUGUUGGGAAGGUGGAAGUUAAUACAGUAGACAAAUACCAAGGAAGAGACAAAAGUAUCAUUCUAGUAUCUUUUGUUAGAAGCAAUAAAGAUGGAACUCUUGGUGAACUCCUGAAAGAUUGUCGACGUCUUAAUGUUGCUAUAACCAGAGCCAAACAUAAACUGAUUCUCCUGGGAUGUGUGCCCUCACUGAACCGUUAUCCUCCUUUGGGUAAGCUACUUCAUCAUCUAAAUUCAGAAAAAUUGAUUAUUGAUCUUCCAUCAGGAGAACAUGAAAGUCUUUGUCACACAUUGGGUGAUUUUCAAAGGAGAUAAAGCACUGUUUUCCUUGCUUUUUUCAUACUUUUAUAAUGAUCUCUAUCACUUGUAAUUUGGACAAGCUGUAAAAUCAGUGCCUGGUUAGGCUGUGGAGAUAACUUUUAUCCUAAGGAUAUGAAAUGAUAUAAAUGUACUCUGUUCAGAGUUCCAGUUUUUUUGUUUUUUGUGGGUUGUUUUUUUUUGGGGUGGGGAGUAUAAUCUUGUUGAACAUAAAGUUCUGUCACCAUACAGAAUUUAAAACAGUAUUUAUUUUUAAGUCUAAAAUGUCAAGAUUAAUUUGAUUUUGUAGAUUUUUAUCGUAUUUUGUUUAUUUGAAAUUUAGGUACAGAAAUUGAUUUAUUUUUAUAAUCUAAUUUAAGCACAGUCUCGUGAUAAUGAGAACAUAGGUGUGAUUCUUUUCUAUAUUUUGCCGUUUCUGGUCCGAAGGCCAUUUAUUAUUUCCUAUUCAUUUCUGAUUCUCUCUUGUUCUCCCACUUGUGAUUUUUCAGUAUUCAAUAUUCUAAAGUAGAUUUUGAUAUAAAAGAACCAUUUUUACUCUUCUUUAGAGAAGAAAUUUUGUUUGCUGAAUUGAUGACAAAUUAAAAAAGAGAUAUCCCUAUUUUCACCUAUUUAUGUUCAUAUGCCCUUUUGUUUUAGGGUAUUACUCAAUUUUUCUUCUUUGUAUAAAGAUGUUUUGUAAAACAGAAUAACCUCAAAGUACUUAGUGAUGUAUAUGGUGACUGAUUUUAACAUCUGUGUAAUCCAUCUUCUUGGGGGGGAACCUCUCAUUUCUCUAAAUUGUUUCUACUUCAUGUUUUUAAACAAUUAUUACUUGAAGUUUUUAUGAA